AUGCUGCUUUUAUCAAUCCCUGCAACGGCGCUUGCUACCCUUCUGCUGAUCAGGGAUGUUCAUGCAAAUCAGCCCGAUCGGUUUGAUCAACAAAACCAGGCCUUCACUCAUUUUUCCCGCCGGCCUGCGAUCAAUCAUGCUACAAGACUUCAGUCCAGCAACACGUCCAAUUUCCGGUUCUGGAAUGACAAGACAAAGCCCCACCGGGUGGAAAGCUUACCAGAUGUCCACUUCGAUCUGGGAGAGAUGUACUCGGGAUUGAUUCCCAUUGAUGAGAAUCUGAAUGGGUCCCGGUCUCUGUUCUAUAUCUUCCAACCCAAGAUAGGCGAACCUUCGGACGAUCUUACGAUCUAUCUGAAUGGAGGCCCAGGCUGUUCCUCAGAGCAAGCAUUCUUCCAGGAAAAUGGCCGCUUCACGUGGCAGCCUGGUACCUAUGCACCCGUCAUCAAUCAAUACUCUUGGGUGAACUUAACAAACAUGCUAUGGGUCGACCAACCGGUCGGUACUGGAUAUUCCGUUGGCACUCCCACCGCUACGAACGAAGAAGAGGUCGCCGCCGACUUCCUCAAGUUCUUUGAACAAUUCCAAGACUUGUACGGCAUCAAGAACUUUCGGAUUUUCGUGACGGGCGAGAGCUAUGCCGGCCGAUACGUGCCCUACGUCUCCUCGGCCAUGUUAGACAAGAACGACACCACCCGCUUCAACCUCAGCGGCGCCCUUCUCUAUGACGCCUGCAUCGGCCAAUGGGACUACAUCCAAGCAGAACUACCAGCCUACCCCUUCGUCCAGCAACACGCCUCGCUCUUCAACUUCAACGCCUCCUACAUGGCCGAGCUAGAAACCACUUACGAAGAAUGCGGCUACAAGGCCUACUUCGAGCGAUACUUCACCUUCCCGGCGACGGAGAUCCAGCCCCCGAAGACAAUGAACUACUCAGAAUGCGACAUCUACAACGCAAUUUACUACGAAGCCUUCAACCCGAACCCAUGCUUCAACCCAUACCGCGUAGUCGACGUAUGCCCGCUCCUCUGGGACGUGCUAGGCUUCCCAACAGAUCUUGCCUACGAGCCCGCGCCAACAAUCUACUUCAACCGCAGCGACGUCAAGCAUGCCCUGCACGCGCCCGCCGACAUCGAAUGGGAGCUCUGCAGCGCGGACAACGUGUUCGCAGGCUUUGAGACCAACCCUGGCCCCGAGCAGCAGGGCGACGACUCGCCCAACCCCACCGAGGGUGUUCUCCCGCGCGUCAUCGAGGCAACCAAUCGCGUCCUCAUCGCUAACGGCGACUGGGACUUCCUGAUCAUCACCAACGGCACCCUCCUCGCCAUCCAGAAUAUGACCUGGAACGGCGCCCUGGGGUUCCAGGCUGCGCCGGCUGCGCCCAUUGAUAUCCGUAUGCCGGAUCUGCAGUGGCAGAGAGUCUUCGAUGCGCAGCAGGAUUACGGGGAUUUAGAUGGGCCGCAGGGUGUUAUGGGCGUGCAGCAUUAUGAGCGUGGGCUGAUGUGGGCUGAGACUUAUCAGUCGGGGCACAAGCAGGCCCAGGAUCAGGGACGCGUUUCGUACCGCCACUUGCAGUGGUUGCUGGGGGAAGUUGAGAGUCUCUGACUUUUGCGAAAGUUGCGCACAUUGGUGUUUAGGGCGGACUUCUGGUAGACUAGGGACCAUCGUGUG